GUGAGGAUGAAAGAUGUUUGCUGCUGCCAAGAGGACCUUUCUGCCGCGAAGGGCCUGGACGCAUUUUCUGCAGGACGGUAGGGGAAGGUCCCGCCCUCCUUCGCCUCUGAUUGGCUAGAGGUGCUGGGACGUUCUUCCUUGGGCUGCGUCACCCCGCAGCAGUCCAUAAUGGACCGGCCCAAGGUCUCGCCACAAACAAGCGGCUGCUGGAAGAGAGUAGGUGAGUUGUGUUUAGUCACUUUGCUAAAGAAAUUCGGCAAAGCUAAAAAGAUGUUGGGUGGCUAGGACCCUAUUUGUACUGUUGAUGAAGUUAGGUGCUGUUCUGAGCAUUAUAAGGAUAUUUACAGUUAUAUUUUAAGAAGAUAUAACUAAGUUUAAAACAGAUUAUAAGGCCAGUUGUACACUUAUAAAGUUAAAAAGUUUAUUUCAGAUACAUGUUUAAGAACCCAGGGCCCUGCCCUGACUAGUGUAGGGAGCAGGAGCUACACAAAGGGAAAAAAAAAACUCCUCUUAGCCACAUCCUGAGAUAGACCCAUCAUUGUCAAAACCAGUCAGUUUUUUCCUGUUGUCUGUUUACAUUUAACACCUCGUCAAAGUAAAGGUAUUAUAACCAUAUCCUUGGUUCAAGAGAGUGCCUGAGGAUAGCCUUGCAGAUCCCACCCUACUGAAGAAAAACUUUCAGCUGCCCUUGAAAAGACCAUCAGACAGCUUUGGGAUAUGCAAAUCUAUGUGGUGUGGUUUUAAUCUCAACCGCUGAGAACUUUUCCAAGUAAAAUAGCUGUAUCCAUGAAAUGUUCCUGGCAGGUUGUCAGCUAGUCCCCUGGUUUCCCUUGUGCACACAAGCUUGGAUUACCUUCAAAUUAGAUGUCAAAACCACCUCAACUGAGCAAUGAGCAUUUCUUAAAGUUCCUUUCAGAUGUCUGGCUUUCGCACUUCUUUCUAUUACCACCAAGACGUACAUCCUGCAAAGAAGACAAAUCUUGGCAGCUUGUAAUCAUGAUCCUAUUCAUUUUGGGCUUACCACUGAUAUAAUAAAGAUUGACUUGUAAAUCAAGAGUCUUGACUCUGUGAAAAUCAGAGAUGUAAUCCUGAGACUGUUAUACUGGGAGCCAUCCAAACCUUGGCAGAUGAAUCAGUCAAAAGGCACAAACCUGGCAGUGCUGAGUUUUCGCUGAGAUUGUGCUUGAGUUUCUGCCAAGCAUGAAAUCACUGCUCUCAUUUCAGUGAUAAAAGGACAAAUGACCUAUGGUAAAAACAAAAAUACACUGGUAUAUCCAGCUCAAGAGGACAUUAAAUGCAUCCUGAAUCAGCAUUGUAAAUAUGCGGGAAGAAGGCCAAACUUUGAUGAAUCAGGGUAUCAUUUUUUGGGUGGUGAAAAGUUCCUCCGAUGUUGGAGCAGGAAUCUGAAAAUUGAUAGAACAAAUGGUAAAUAGACCGCACUGUAACACAACCGCACCCAAAAUAGAUGCAGCUUCAUCCAACACCCUCGCAAAAACUUGUCCUGAAGAGGCCAAGAAGUUUCAUAUCAUAAUAUGGCCACUGGCCAGUCCAACCAAGACAGAGUCCUCUUUCUCUCUAUAAGAGGACUUGAGAAGGGCAGGUGGUCUCUGGGCAGUCAUGACUCAGAGCAACCUAAAAGCAGUCCAUUACCAAUCACUAUGUAGCAGCAGAUCCUUGUUUCACACCCAACAGUGGUGGAGCUGUUCACCCUCCCCAUCAAGUCGAGAUGUUUUCUGUUGACUCGAGAGGACUAGAACAAUGUCCCACUAAGUGUUGCCAGAAAUAUUAGUGAUGUGGAGACACUCGGGAGUGUGAGCAGUGCCCACAUCCUUGGCUUGAAGACAACAACAUUCUUAUGGGACAUAAGACGCUGCCAGGUUUCUGCCUUGUGACAAAUUCAUCUGCCAAGUAUUUGAUGAGUCACAGCUCUUUGUUUAUCAGUCAGUCUAUUUUCAAUCACUUGUCAAAAGCAUUGAGUAAUUGCCGUAUUAAUGAGAUCAUGGAAAUUAGCUGCAAAAACUGGCUUUCUUUGCGGGUUAUAUGGACUUUGACAAGAAUUGUGAAUCUUGCCUGGUUUGUGAAGCUUAAGCUGAAAAAAUACAGGAUCCGUAUUGAGCGUGUUCUGUCAGCAUUGCGGUAUCUUUUCUGUCGAGCAGCACUGUCUGUCGCACACAGAAUGCAUAUUUAGGGCAUAGCAGCAGUGUAGUGCAGCCCCUGUCAGCUGGGCUCAGCAUAGAGGAAACAAAUGCUAUUUUUAUUUUUGAAAUACCGGAUGACGUGCAGUUUUCGUGCUUGACAUCCUGUCUAGAAUGAUCUUCUCUGUGUAGCUUGCCAUGUAUUUUGAGCAGAGCCGCGCUCAAUACACUUCUGAUACGGAGCUGUGACGGAGCUGAUACGCAUCCUGUCAGAGUGACCGUAUGUCCUCUUUUUUGGGGGCUGUCCGGCUUUAUUUGAAGUUUAUAAUCCUUCAAAUGUGUCAUGUGGACUUACUGUGUUGGAAGCGCGUAAAAGACAUUCGAUCGACCCAAAAAACUCUCAAAAUUAACCUUGUGCGACUCCAUGAUUCCGCCCCCACGUAGUCGCGUCCCCUUUUCGGGAGGUCUACCCUACCUGUAUGCAGUGAUGCAUUGAUUAGAAUGGCAACCUUUUUGCUGCGUGAUAUGCGACUCUUAUGGAACGCACUCAAUACGGAUCCUGUAUUUUUUAGCCAAACAGCACUGUUGAAUUAAAGGUAGAUAUGGUGAUAUGGUAAUGCAUGUAUAUAUGUAGUUAACAAGUAUCCUUCCGGCUUCUGGAAAUUAUAAAUUUUUAGACUCCUUAAACUCGUAAAUCAUUAGUUGGAGGUGGUCAGUCUUUUUUAAAUAUACGAUAUAUCUUAAUCUUGGCCCGCUGCGGAGGGUUUUUCUUUUAAUUAAAGUUGUAACAACAAAAGGACUGAAUCAAUGUUUGUAAUGUGUAGCGUGCCGAGGGAAGGAGGAGAGGGACCUGUUAGUUUAAUUGUACUGAGGAAUAUCCAAUGAGCACAGUGUUGUUUUAACUUUAAUUUCAAAUCAGUCAUGGAAAACAACAUGCGCUGAAGCGUGGACCCCCCCCCACACACUUGGGACAACUUUGUUAUUGUAUUUUUGUAAGAGGAAGGCAGAGUCAUGGCAUCAUCCUAAACCUGCCAAUUUAGUUUUUGCCUCAAGGGGCCAAAUGGGAAACAAGGGGACAGCUAGGCAAGCAAAGACAAGUUAGAGUUUCCGACGAGACUGAUGACAUCUGAGCCUGAGGCUACAAAACAGGAGUUCACCAGGUGUCUUGUUGGAAACUCAUUAAGUCAGAGUUUUAAUGAAAGGCAGCCUCCACACAUUAACUAGAAAGCACAUAUACAAUCACUGUUGAGUACACUAAUUAAUUUGAUAUUGGUCUGACACUCUUAAGGUCAAAGGUGACUUAUCUUGAUUAUACUAUUAACAGGAAGGCAUAAUAAAUACUGUUUAUUUAAAUAUAUAUCUGGCUGUAUUACAGCUGAACUCCAGAGUUAACCAAGUUCUGCCAACAUCUUUAUGUCACACAUUAAUAGAGCCUUUGAGAAGAAGUCAUCAGCCUUCUUGAAGUACCACCAAACCAUCACAAAUCAUCUCCUAAAUGUCAUAUUUGGUUUGAGACACUCAGGUUUAUAGGCCUCUCUAGGUGUGUUCAUAACCAGCAGCCAGCCAGGUGGUGAGCAGAGUGAAAAGACUCAUCACAAAAGAUGACCUUUGCCUAGUCCUUAUGGUUCUGCUGGUCGUCAGCAAACAAAGCUGUGUGUGCCUUCUGAGAUUUAAAGUCCAUCUGGCAGUUUGAGAGGUACUCCACAUCAUGCAAUGUUUGUCUUUAUUUCUGAAGGUCAAGGUAUGCCACACUUUAUUCUUUGGCAUUUAUUAAAUUAAGCGUAAAGCUAAGCACGGUGCAAAACAUCUCCUAUGUACAAGGAGCAUAUUGAUAUGGUAAACAUCCAGUUUAAUAAGAAUUAGUAACGUUUCCAACAUUUUUAACGAUGAUCCAUAUAAUUAACAAAUAACAGUAGUAUGUUUUUAAGUGUUUGGUACAGCUUAAAAGGUGAUUAUUAUACUUUAAAUCAAUAAAAUGAAGACUAACUCAGACAUUUUAACUGAUUUAACUUUAAAGUCUGGAGAUGAGAUGAGAUAUGCUUUGUUGUCCCAGUAGGAUCGAUAGCCGCCGGUUGACCUGGGAUUGAUUUAUCAGCCAACUAUCAUCAGUCUUUUCUGAGAACUGUUAAGUGCUGCUCUUUAGAAGCAUUUUAUUCUCCCAUGAUGCGCCGUGAUCAGUCAAGUGGCUUGCCAGAAAUAAGCAAGAGUGGAGAUUUUUAGGGGUUUUAAUUAAAUACUGUAAUUACGUUUUUUUCGUGCUCCCAAUUCCAAUACACGCAUCAGGAAUUUUAACCAGCCCGUUUGAUUAUGUUUCUGCCUUGCUGAGUCUCUCUGGCAGAGGAAACUUUCAUUAAUCAAAUCCCGACAAGUUUCCUGGAAGUGUUUUCAUUAUCAGCGGGAGAGACUGUUGCCUCUUCUUCUCAACUUUCCAUCCUCAACUAAUUGAAAAAUAUAAUUGUACUCUUUCUACCAAGCAUAUGCAGCAAUAACAUCAUCAUCAUAAUGAUCUUAAUCUCACUCUCUUUUUGGUAGGUUGGUAACAAUUGCAAAAAGUUGCCAGAGGAGGGCAUUAUUGUCCAUGACAUGGGUGUGACAGGUAGGUUACAUGACAAAAGCUGAAUACUGUUGUCAGUAAACUUGACAGGAUCAUAAUUUAACUCUUCAAAAUGAGUUUCAAAACAUUUAAUUUUGUCAUAAUUUUUCAAGAGUUUGGGCCGAUUUUGCAGCCAUAUGAGCCCAACUUAUCAACAAUCUUUCCACAUACUCACCAGCAACCACAGAGUUUUCUCAGUUAAAACUACUAUUGAAGAGAACUAAAAUAGCUUGUACUGUGAGACUUUUAUCAGCUAAAGUAAGAGCUCAAUUUUUGGCAAAUCAGGUCGAGCACUGUUUUAGUUCUAAAAAUGAAAAAAGCAAUGAGACAUGGAGAAGACGCACGAUCAGAGACCACAUACUUCCCCUUAAGUCCAUUAAUUAUUUCAUUAUAAUAGAUUAGAAACCAUCAAAGAAAAGCAUGUUUAUAUUUUUCAACACAAUGAAUCAUGCUAGUACAGAAAUCCAGCCUAAACCACCUUUUACAUAUUAAGUGGAAUAAUUCUCAGUUUAAUUCUCUCUCUUUAGUCUCUCUGUAAUUGUCUUUUUACUUUUUGGACUUUCAAGGCAACUUCACGGUCAACCAGAAGUGUCAGCUCUUGCGCUCCGGGGCAGUCUUGUUAGAGGCCCAAAGUGUUCCAGCAGAGAUCACAAGUGACUCAUGAUGCAACAGCCCUGAAGGGAAGUUUCCAGUUUUCACCAAGAGGGGAGGUGUGGGGGCAGACGGGAGACAAUGUGAACUCCAGAGGGAGUUUGUUAGCUGCUCGUUUGUUAUGUUUGUGAGUGGGAAGAGCCUGAGGUUAAAGUCAUGAUCAGACCUGAAGCACUUGUACUUCCCCCAAAUGUGUUCCUCCCAAAUCAGUCCCCUGAGAGUAUCUGGGAGAGGUUUUAAGUGUUUCAUACCCUCACAGAUAUUCAUAUAAACACACAAACAGCCAUUUCUUUGUAAUUAAAGGGGACCUCUGCGGUGGAUCAGCUGGUUAAAGAGCUCUUUGGCUGAAAAAUAACAAUAACACCAAAUUAAAAAUGACAUGCCCCUGUGUAAUUUGAUAAACACCUGAACACACCUGCUAAGACAGCUGUCAAAACUGUAACUUUAAUGCCAAGUCAAAGUUCAGGAAAUGUCCUUAACGUGAAGAUGAUGACACCCAUUAUUGUCAAAAAUGGAAGAUAGUUGGGUGAACAUAAUAAAACCUUUUCGCAUUCAGAGGGUCUUUUAUUUGAAUGAGUAAAUGUUCAACAUACUUAAGUAGCUUUUCUCAAAUAGGCCCAAUCACACAGCGAAAGCAAGGAGUAGGAAAGACUGGAAUGUGAUAAAUCUGAACACAGUAACGCAUUAAUGGUCUUGUUAAAAAGCACAAAAGCUGGCAGAAAACAUUGUUGAAAUUGGUAAGUACAUUAAGAAAAAAAUCUGGUCCAAUGAAAAUCAUAACUCAACAUUUGUGGCUCAUGGUGUUCAGACUAAUAUGCUCCACAUUGAGAAUUGUAGUCACUCGCACAGCUGCUCAUUUGGUCUCAUAUUUGUACUAGAUUAGCAUUUAAAGUGAUUUUCACAGAAGAGGUAAAAGGUCCUCAAAAAGAAUAAAUGUUCCCUGUGUUUUAUGACCAAACAAGGCUUUACAGUGGCUGUUGGGCUCAGAUUAGUCAAUGCCAGUUUAACGGGAACAACCAUCUUCAGUAAUGUGAGCACAAAAUGAUGACAGGUGUCCAUUUAGUUUCAAAACUUCACAGUCUAGAAACUGUCACAGUUAAGUGUACUGUAGUAACUGUCAUCACCUCUGUCAAUCAAACGUGUUUUCUAAGUAGAAUAACUAAAUCAUUAGGCUUACACAUGUACAUCACAUGAACAUAUGAGGAUGGCUUAAAGGCCCUUACUAGGUGGUAUAUUUGUAUGUCUAAAGCUUUUGGCUUCACUUUAGAAGGAAACUGUAAUGCAGUCCAUGAAUUUAUACAGUGUGUGUCAAAGGUCAAGCUGAAGUAAAAGAGGAUUACCUGAACCAAAAACACAAAUAAAACAUAGUUGUCCACGGGAACACACUGUCAGUCCAAACAUUUACCUAGAGGCUACACAGAACAAUUCCAUUUGCUAGAUGUUGUUCAUUAUCCAACAUUGGGGUCUGUUAUUCAGUACUGAGGCCUGUGUGACAGUUUAUAGUGAUAUAAGUAAAAAAAACACAUUAACAAUGCUUUGAAAUACAGAAAUACAAUCAACAAAAUCUUCUUGGAUGAUACAAAAAAACAUACAGUGGCAGAGAGGGUGGACUGAUCUACAACAACCUAAACAAUCUUCAUUCAUAGACACAAGUCCCAAACAAAUGCUUACGUAGAAAAAGCUGCAAAUAAAAACAGACUACAGAUAAUGCAUGUAAAAGACAAAUCCAGAUGUGACAGCAGAGGUGCUCCAGGCCUGGAUGAAUGCUCAUAAAGAAAUAAUGUGAAUCAUAAACAACAGAUAACACAUGCAAAAGAAAAUCCAGUAAAUCCAGAUCAGACUUUAGAGGUGCUCCAGGCCUAAUCAGUGGAACAGUUUGUCGCUGACAUGAUGUUUUUUUUCCUCAUUUUAAAUGGAUGUGAACUUCCCUAAAAGCCUAGAGCACUUGCGUUGUCAUAUCUCAUUUGGACACAUUUUUCAUUUGCUUGUGUUUUUCUGCAGUUGGGCAUCUUUGUUUAUGUAUUUGCAGCACAUAAGCUGCUCAAACUCCUGCUGUGCCAUUUGAUAUUCAUUUUUUUUUCCACUGGCAGGGGUCUGUUUUGGACUUUUGUCUUAUGCUUAUGAAUUUUCAGCAUUUCUGUACGUGCAGAAUAGUUCUCCUUAUGAAUAAUAUGUGCGCUUUUGCAGAUAAGCCAUAAAUUGGUUUUUAAAUUUCUUGUCAGCCACUGUAAAAAUAAACUCCCUGAGUUUCAUAAAUUGAACUUAAAUGGGUUAUUGUUAUUGAAGCUAUUAUUUUCCAUAUUUUGAAUGUGUGAUAAUCUCUCAUAUGUUAAAACUUUAAUCUGAAUGUGAAAAGUGCAUGUACACCAUUGAAUUAUGGUACAAGUCAAACUGUCCUAUCCUACUCAUCUCUGAUUGGUCGGCAAGAGGUCAGUAAACAUAUAAGUCCAGUCCAAUCCUGACCCAGAUGGCUCUGCCCCUUUACCAUUACUAAAGGGAAGAUGCCUCAUGUGAUAGCAGGGCUGGUUUUAAUGGGGGUCCGGCUCGUGUUUGGAGCUGUGGAGGAGGACGCUCCUUCCUGUCACAUACUGGGGAAUCCAGAGUUCCCUCUGCUGUCUAAAGAGGGAGAAGUCAUGAUUGGGGGAGCCUUUUCCAUUCACAGCAAAAUCACACAACCUUCGCUCUCCUUUACAGAGAAACCAGCCCGUCUAACAUGCUCCAGGUAAAUAUCAGAACAGUGAAAAAGGCUUAAUUGUACUUUCUCGGUGUGGAUACAGGAUUUAAUCUGGCUUUUUGUCUCAGGUUAAACCUCAGGGAGUUUCGAUUUGCUCAGACCAUGAUAUUUGCGAUCCAGGAAAUAAACAAAAGUGGAUUUCUUCUUCCAAAUGUUUCCAUCGGGUAUCGUAUUUAUGACAACUGUGGCUCAACAUUAUCAUCAAUGCGCGCAGUGAUGGGCCUGAUGAACGGUGAUGAGUUAACCGGGGGAGAGAGCUGCUCCGGACAAUCAGCUGUUCAUGCAAUUAUCGGGGAGUCUGAAUCAUCUUCAACAAUAGUGCUAUCACGCACUACUGGACCAUUCAAAAUACCAGUGGUAAGAGGGAUAUAAGUGCUUAUUUCUAUGUUUAUGAUGUGCAAACUCCCUUUACUCUGCCUCUCUGUUUGUGUGUCCUCAGAUAAGCCACUCAGCUACAUGUGAGUGUUUGAGCGACAGAAAGGAGUAUCCCUCUUUCUUUCGAACCAUUGCCAGUGACCUCUACCAGAGCCGAGCUCUCGCCCAGCUGGUCAAACACUUCGGCUGGAUGUGGGUCGGUGCGGUCAACAGCGACAGCGACUACGGCAACAACGGCAUGGCCAUUUUUCUUGCUGCAGCCCAGGAGGAAGGAGUGUGUGUGGAGUAUAUCGAGAAAUUUCACAGAGCAGAGCCGGAAAAACUGAAGAAAGUGGUGGAAGUGAUUCGAAAGAGCACAGCGAGGGUCAUUGUUGGUUUCCUCGCCCAUGUUGAAAUGAACAACCUUCUGCAGGAGUUGAGUUUGAACAAUAUAACCGGGCGACAGUUCAUCGGCGUGGAGGCCUGGAUCACUGCGGACAGUCUUGUGACUCCCACCAGCUUCAGUGUGCUGGGAGGUUCACUAGGAUUUGCUGUGCAAAAAGCUAACAUAAGUGGCAUGGAUGAUUUCUUAAUCAAAGGUUUCUGGGAGACAGAGUUUAAGUGCUUGAAUAUGAACAAAGACAGGAUGACAGGAACAUCUAAUUGCGAAGAAAAGAAGGAUUUAAGUGAGCUUAAAGAUUAUGUUGAUGAUGUGGCUGAGAUGAGAUACUCCACGAACAUUUACAAAGCCAUCUAUGCUGUGGCACACUCACUGCACAGCCUCCUGAAGUGCUCUACAAAACAAGGGUGUGACAAAUCUCUCAAAGUUACUCCACAGCAGGUUCAACAAAUACACUACUUUAAACUAUCCAUCUCCAUGUUUUGUAAAUUACAUUUCUUGAUGUAUUAUUCUUCUAUUCUUUUUCAAAGGUUGUGGAGUCAUUGAAGCAGGUGAAUUUCACCAUCAAGAAUGGGGAUCAGGUGUGGUUCGACCGCACCGGAGCAGCUGUGGCUCGCUAUGAGGUGGUAAACUGGCAAAUGGGAUCAGAUGGAUCAGUCCAGUUCAAACCGGUUGGCUACUACGACGCCUCGCUCCCUCCUGGACAAAAGUUUGUCCUGAAGACUGAAGCCAUAAUGUGGCCCGGAGGAAAGACAGAGGCAAGUAUCAUCACUGACCUUUGAGUUAAAUAACCCUCGGGAUUAUUCGUUUAAAAUAACUCGUGUUUGUUGUUUCUGUGCUUCAAAGCUACCCGUAUCAGUGUGCAGUGAGAGCUGCCGUCCAGGAACCCACAAAGUCCUUCAGAAGGGGAAACCUGUUUGUUGCUAUGACUGCGUACCGUGUGCAGAGGGAGAAAUCAGCAACAGCACAGGUAGAUGUACCACAGACAGGAGCUGUGCUUAUUUCAUCAUAUUGUUUACUUGUGAGAGUCUGUGCGUCAUGUUAAAGUUUGCCAUGGCGCAGACUCUUAUUCAUGUGUGUCAGGUUUAGCUCAUUAAAUCACAUUAAUAGUCAAAAUAUUUCUGUUACAGAUUCUAAUGACUGCAAAAAGUGUCCUGAGGAAUAUUGGCCCAAUCAGAACAAAGAUGCCUGUAUACUGAAAAAUGUCGAGUUCCUCCGCUUCACUGAGGUUAUGGGUGUGAUUCUUGCAUUUUUCACUCUGUUCGGCGUAUUCCUGACUUUAUUAGUGGCCAUUCUUUUCAUAGUACACAAAGACACGCCCCUUGUGAAAGCAAACAACUCUGAGCUGAGCUUCUUACUGCUUUUCUCUUUGACUCUGUGCUUCCUGUGUUCGCUGACCUUCAUCGGCCGGCCCUCUGAGUGGUCCUGCAUGCUGAGACACACAGCAUUCGGCAUCACUUUUGUCCUCUGCAUCUCCUGUGUUCUGGGGAAAACAAUAGUUGUGUUAAUGGCGUUCAGGGCGACACUUCCGGGCAGUAAUGUGAUGAAGUGGUUUGGACCUGCACAGCAGAGACUCAGUGUUCUUGCUUUUACCUUGAUUCAGGUUUUAAUUUGCAUACUGUGGUUGACGAUAAACCCCCCCUUUCCCUUCAAAAAUAUGAAUCACUACAAGGAUAAAAUCAUCCUGGAGUGUGCUCUGGGAUCACCUAUAGGAUUCUGGGCUGUGUUAGGAUAUAUCGGACUCUUAGCACUCUUGUGUUUCCUUCUUGCUUUUCUGGCUCGAAAGCUUCCUGAUAAUUUCAAUGAGGCUAAAUUCAUCACCUUCAGCAUGUUGAUAUUCUGCGCCGUCUGGAUCACAUUCAUCCCAGCUUAUGUCAGCUCUCCUGGGAAGUUCACUGUAGCUGUGGAGAUAUUUGCCAUCCUGGCCUCCAGUUAUGGACUGCUGUUCUGCAUUUUUCUGCCCAAAUGUUUCAUCAUUUUGUUCAGACCUGAGCAGAACACAAGGAAACAUAUAAUGGGAAAGACAUCUAAUAAUGAUAUACGCUAUUAG